AUGGCAGAUGGCGUUGUUUGCAUUGAAGAGGUGGAGGAAUGCGGCCACGAUGAGGACUGGGUCGACGAGCCAGUCGACCUCCAGUGUUUCGAAUGCCCCAUUUGCAGUAUGGUAGCUCGGAACGCUGUGUCCCAUGACUGUGGCAACUCCCUCUUCUGCAGCGGGUGCUGGAAUAAAUGCCUGGCAUCUCGCGAUUCAUGCCCUACCUGCAACCAGCAAGCCUCGAUUUCAAGUGCUGCGCCGGCUCAUGUUGAUCGGCGCAGGAUCAUCAAUCUGAAGAUACGAUGCCCGAACCGCUGCUCUGAGGAGUUUCCGCUUUGCGAGAAGGAGGCGCACCUCCAAGAGUGCCCGCAACGACUCGUCCCUUGCUCAGAGUGCGAUGAGGUCGUCAGGGCGAACGAGCUCGCGGAGCACAAGGAGGGCUGCCGAGGCCGUCUGUCUCCUUGCAAGCUGUGCGGAGAGAUGGUCUUCGAAUCGGAGAUGGCAGCACACUUCGGCGGCGGCGAGCAUUACCAGCAGGUCGGCGAACUGUUGGAUUUGGUCAGCAGCCUUCAGAAGGAACUCCACGAUGCGAAGAUCGAGCUCAACAGCCUCCGCGACCAGGGCAGGGACAGGCCCAAGCGGUGGCGGAAG